AUGAGCGAGACGACUUCUUUUGAUGAGGAUAUCUACACAGGAGUGUGGAUCAACCGAUCUUACGGCACACUACAAGGCUCAACGCUGACGCUGGAUCGACAGAGAGGUUCAAUUUUGAUCGCCUUUCUUGCUCUCUUCGUGGGCGCGACAGGACGCAGUUUCUGGAAGAUCGUGCGAUAUUGGAUCCAUGUUGCUGUUUCUACAGAAGCCAGAUCGGACGGCGUCUAUCAUCAGCGACAGGCUCUGCUGCGGAAUUCGCAAUUGGCCCAGGAUGCUGCGAUAAAUUUCUUCCUCGCCCAUCUCGUCUGGCGUAGUAGGGUAGAACACGCCGGUCGAAAGCUCUUGCCUGUCGCUCUUGCAGCUUUUGUGGUGUCGGGUGCCUUUUCGCUCGCUGGUAUUUUCUCAUCAAAAGUCGUGGCUAAUGCGGCCAACGAAGUCCUCCUUUCCGGUAGUAACUGUGGUAAUAUGACACAUACACAAGUCUCCGAUACUGGAGCAGCAGCCAACAUAUGGACCGAAUAUUUCUCAUCUCUCAAUCAGAAAGCUUCCGAAUACCUGACGUAUGCACAUAAAUGUUAUCAAAACCAAACAGGAUCAGUGUCCAAAGAUUGUGGAAUAUACGUCAAAGCAAGUCUUCCCUACACUAAAGAUGCUAGUGCUGGCUGCCCUUUCGAUGCGGAGAUGUGUACCUUGCCUCAAGGAAACCUCAUCCUCGAUAGCGGUUAUCUCGACAGCUACAAGGACUUCGGCCUGAACAGUGGCCCGCAGUUUCUCUUCCGUUUGAAACGACACUGUGCUCCAUUGGAGACAGAUGGCUACUCUGAGGCCUUUACAGACCAAUCCGACCCACCACUCCAGUGGAUGCGAUACUACUAUGGCACAUCGUUGGGAGGACUUCAGCCAUACACGUAUCGCAUACGUACAAAUGUGACUGAACCUACAAUAGAUGUGGACGCUCUAUUUUCCGAAGCAGAUUAUAAGAUCACAAGCCCCAACAGCUUUAGUCCAAUUUCUCAGCUCAACAAAACAAACACUGUAGUGCAGUUGAUGUUCUUGGAGUCUACAGACGUCAAGUAUUAUGCGGAAGUAACCGACCCGUGGUUUUUAGCAGAUUCUCCUAAGCAGGUACCCGCAUGGCUUGACUUGAAAUUGGAAUUAGCAAAUAACACAUACUUCGCUACGAACAGAUCAGCCGGAGUGCUAGCUUGUGCUAGCACUACGGAAUAUUGCAAUCCCAACCUACCAUCUGGGAGGCGAUGCUUCAACCAUGGCUACGACCACGGAUUCUGGAACGAGGUCUGGCCAAACGCAGAUGAUCGAGCCUUUGUAAACGGAUUACUCAACUACUUUGGGUUUCUAUAUGGCAAUACUAUCUACACGCCAAACGGCUAUUAUGAUAUCCGGGGCCUACCAUCGCUUUUAACGCGCUUCACGCUGAACGGUCCCAUGCAGCCCGCCACAAUCCCGUCAAACAGAUGGCAAGAGGAAACCGAAUUUAUAUUCCAAACCAACCUUGCUGCUGCCCAGGCGCGUGUAGUUGAGUAUGCGAAUGGUAAGCAAUCCAAGACUUUAGAAUCGGUGGUGACGUAUUGUGGGAAUGGAACCGAGUGCACGAGACUAUGUCAUAGUCAAAAGAUAAAAAGUCCCGGUUAUUACUCCUUCAGCGUUCUGAGCUUAUCCCUUGUCCUCAUCAUUGGCACUUUGAUCGUCCUCGUCGGUACCUUUAUCGAAGCAAUAAUAGACCUAGCAUCCAAAAUCCCGCGGCUCUCCCGAGAUCGCAAACUCACAUAUGCCCGUGCGGAGUGGCAGGUAAACUCGACGCUCCAACUCCAGCGGCUGGCUCACGAAGGAAUCGGGCUGGGGACGUGGUCGAGAGGCGCGGAGUCGGUGCCAGUCACCCAACGAGGGGAGCUAUUGGCAGCGCUCGACAUCAAAGACGCGGACCAUCCUUGUUUGGCUGUUGAUCGAGAGUUGGAGCCGGCUUAUACCAGUUCUCGGGUCACUACUGUGAAAGAGGACGAGAUUGCUACUCCCCAACCAUAUCAGGCCGUUUUUGGUGCGAAUACUAAGCCCCGGUACAAAAGACUUCCAUCCGCAGAUCAGUCAUAA